CCGGAGGGCGGGCAGUUGCGGCUCCUCCGGUUCAAGGACUCGACAAGAGUGCCUUACGUGAAGAGCAGGAGCCGCGGGUAGUCUAAACGCAUGAAUUACUGAAACUUUGUCAGGGACUCGUCCAGUCGGAAAGCAGACGGGCACUUGUCUUCUUGGCAUUUGAAAAGCGGUAGCCAAUGAGGCUGACUUUGAGAGAUCCGGGCUUCGUCCCCACCCCUAGUGGAGAUGGGUUCUACUCAGAGCAUCUCAGGCACUCCAGCGCGGCCUCUGCCACACAACAAGCAUCUGGCCCGAGUGGCAGACCCUCGUUCACCUAGUGCGGGCAUCCAGCGCACUCCUAUUCAGGUGGAGAGCUCUCCACAGCCAAGCCUGUCAACAGAAGAGCUGAGUUGUCCUAAACAAGCUCAAGACCCAGAUCCUCGCUCUCCUACCCUUGGCAUUGCUCGGACACCCAUGAAGAUCAGUGGUACAGACCCUCCGAGUUCACUGGUGAAAGAACUGAGUGAAGAAUUUGAAACCGAAGCCUCCAAGUCCAUUUACCCCACAGAGCUUGCUCUGCCCCAGCAAACACUUUUAUCUUCUGAACUGGACCUGCCUUUGGAUUCUCAGUUAUCCCUUGAGGACCAGUUGCUGCCAUGGAGCCAGAUUGAACUCCCCUCCAAACAGGUGUUUACCAAGGAGGAGGCUAAGCAAUCCACAGAACUCAUAAUUGCCAGCCAGAACUCAGACAAGCCCUCAAGAGAUCCCGAGACUCCCCAGUCUUCAGGUUCUAAGCUCAAUAGACGGAAAGCAAAUAGCAAGGUACUAGGAAGAUCUCCUCUCACCAUCCUGCAGGACGACAACUCCCCUGGGGCCUUGACAUUGCGACAGGGUAAGCGGCCUUCUCCGCUUAGUGAAAAUGGUAAGGACCUAAAGGAAGGAGUCAUUCUUGGAACUGGAAGACUUCUGAAAACUGGAGGAGGAGGAGGAGGAGGAGCAUGGGAGCAAAGCCAGGACCAUGACAAGGAAAAUCAGCAUUUUGCUUUGAUGGAGAGCUAGGUCCAUUCUGGAUUCACCCAGAGCCUGGUGAUAGUCUUGUUCUUCACCUCUUCCCAAAGGGCACUGAGGAAAAUCUUGUUUUCUGGUUCCUCCCAGGCUGCCAACUCUGGGUUUUGGACAUUUGUUUUGUUUUGCUUUGUUUUGUGUGUUUCUUGUAUAUUAAAGGAGAUGGUUUUAAGUGAUACUUUGAGAAAUUA